AUGCUCAGUGCGGUGACGCCGCGGCUGGCUGGAAGUGUGUGUGUGCGCGAGCGAGCGGCGCAUUAUUUGGCAGCGAGGCGGCGUAGCGGCGCGGGGAGGGCGCGAGCGAGCGAGAACAGUAGGUUUCCCCGGGAUUAUCGGAGUGAAUUACCGGUCCGAAUCGCCAGGAAGACCCCCGGUACUCACAGCAGCGUCCCCGCGACCCGUGAUGUCUGAGGAGGUGGUGCGACAGACGCGCAGUCAGAAGCGUGUUCUGGACAGAGACUCUCAGUCUGUGGACGUGGACAGCAAGCGUGUAAAGUUGGAGUGUGUUGAGCGGGACGACACGCCGGCGCUCCGGUCCAGAUCUGAGACGGCUGUGAGCAUGCUGAGCGGAGAGGAGGUGAAGGCCACCAUCAAACUGGAGCUGCAGCCCGUGGACAUGAGCACCAGCAGAACUGAGCUGAAGAGAGAGAACGGGCCCUUGUCCCCUGAUGAUGUCAUCGUUCUGUCUGAUAACGAGGCGUCAAGUCCGCAGGUGAAUGGCGACCGUCGCUGUAAAGAGCUCGACACUGAUCUGCUCAUGAGGAGUUCUGCAGUGGACCGUGAGCGUGUCAUUAAACAGUUGCAGGAGGAACUCUGGUUAGAAGAGGCCAAACUCACCCUGCUGAAGAAACUCAGACAAAGUCAAACACACAAAGACUCCAGUGUACAGAAGCAGGUGAUGUCAGGCCGGGCUUCGGGAACGGUGAUUCCUCCUCCGCUGGUGCACGGCGGCGGUCAGGUGACCAAACCUGGCUCAGCGAGCGCUCAGAUCGGAAUGCCUCCGCUCGUCAGAGGAGCUCAGCCGAUCUCAGUGACGCCGCAGCAGAUCGCCAGCCUACGACAGCAGCACAACUCGAGCUCUGCUCCUCCUCCGCUGCUGCUGGCUUCCAGAGCGUCAGGACCAAACGUCCAGGGACAGAAGAUCAUCCAGCCCGGAAUCAUCCGCAUGAGCAACAUCCCCAACAACAGUCUGCUCGUCACCAUCAACCAGUCCACGGCCACACACCUCAAGUCCUCGUCUGUGUCGACUGUGAACGAUUCUCCGGCCAGUCGUCAGGCGGCGGCCAAACUUGCACUGCGCAAACAGCUGGAGAAAACACUUCUGGAGAUCCCGCCUGCCAAACCGCCAGCGCCCAAAUUCAACUUCCUGCCCUCUGCCGCUAAUAAUGAGUUCAUCUAUCUGGUGGGUCUGGAGGAGGCGGUGCAGAAGCUGCUGGAGUCUCUCGGCCGAGGUAAACAGGGUGUGUACACUGGUUUAGUCAUCACUGGUGAAGAGCCGUUCACCUGCUCUCAGUGUCAGACAGACUUCACCUGUCGCUGGCGCAAAGACAAGGGCGGAGCUAUCAUGUGUGAGGAGUGCAUGUCGUCGAUUCAGAAGAAGGCUCUGAAGGCGGAGCACACCACUCGUCUGAAGGCAGCGUUUGUGAAAGCUCUACAGCAGGAGCAGGAAAUGGAGAAGAAGAUCCUGCAGCAGAGCUCUUCACCUGCCUCAUCUUCAUCAUCAUCAUCAGCAGCAGCAGCUCACUUAAUGAAGGCUGAUCAGAUGAAACGCUCAUCAACUGCAGUUCAACAGACACAUGGCCGAACCAACCAGCCAAUCAACCGCCACCCCUCCAACAUAAAACAGAUCUCUUCGAGUGUGCUGCAGUUGUCUCGUAGCAUGCAGCAGUCUGUUGCCGGGAUACGCGCAGUUCCUCGCUCGUUCUCGCCAUCCACUCAGCUGCAGAAUGCCGUCACCGCCGCUGCGCUCGUCAGCAGGCCAGGUAAGCAUGCAGUGCACCAGGGGUCAAAGGUCAGCAGCAGUGGCAGCAACAAGAGGUCUGACCCCACGACCUCCUCCACCUGGAGGAAGCAGAACGCCGCCUCAGCAGGUGUGACGAUGGCGUAUGUGAACCCCAGUCUGUCCGCGCACAAGACGACAUCAUCAGUGGUGGAGCGUCAGAGGGAAUAUCUGUUGGACAUGAUCCCCUCACGCUCCGUCUCACAGACCGCAAACACGUGGAAAUAAAGAUCUGCACAACCCUGAUGAGAAACUCCACGUUCUCCCGUCUGGAUUGAACUUCAGCCUGAGAAUCUAGAACGGCUCCUCUAGAGUUUAUCUGGAAUCCUGAAAUUAAAUCCGUGUUUUGUACAAAAAAAAAAAAGUUUGUCAUUUCCUGUUUAAUCACUCUUUAUUUCCUCAGUCCUGUUUGUAGUUUUUAAUGUUGUUGAGAUGCAGCAGUUCUGAUGUAAUAACUGAUGACGGCGUUAAAGGGCUUUCACUGCUGCGGGUGAGUUCAUGCACUGUUGGACACGGCGCUGACGCUCACGCGAAUGAUGUGCCUUAAACGAACCAAUCAGGAGCCGCUUUGAAUCUCAUGAGGACUUGAACGCAAACACGCGGGCGGAUGAUGUCACUCCGCAUCGCUGCUCUACAUGGACGAUAUCGCUUCUGUUCUUACAGAUAGAAACAUUUUCAUUAAAUAACAGAAAAAGACACAAAAAAUACAUUAAGAACAAAUUGAGUGCAAACAAAAGAUCAUUCGGUGUGUCCCGGAGUCCUUUAUUUUGGCUAAUAGGCUUAUAAGUUAAAUAACCGUGUGCAAUUGAACAUGUUUGUGUUGUUUAUGGUCACUCUCAUGUGUGUGUGUUUGCUUUUCUUUAUGAGACGUCACCGUGUCACUUCCAUGUUUAUGAUUGUUGUUUCUCAGAUAUAUUGCCGUUACGUUUGCUGUUUAUUUCAUCAGGGUUCGGGUUAAAUUACAGUUCAUAAAUAUGUAAGAAAUACAGAUAAUUCCAUGCAUGAGUGAUUUAAAGGUUUCAUCAGUUUAUUGCAUCUCUGUAUUUAAAGGCGUCUUCGCCACGAGCUCAUUAAUCAUCUGAUGAACACGCCAGAAUGACGUUCCAAUCCGCAACUCGCCACGUCUGUCUGUUUUACUUUAUUGCGCUUUACUAAUAUUCCCUGUUGCUUUUCUCACAGGACGGUUUUCUAUAUUUUCCAUGACCUGUUUUCAGGGUUUUGAGUGGCUGAUGUGUUUCCUGCGGACGUGUACAAAAUGAGGUUACAGUUUGUUAGAUUUACUUUUGUUCCCAAAAUAAAGUUUGAACCCUUUAAUUCUGUCGGGACAUCUUUUAUAGUUAUUCUGUAUGUAGUAAAGACCCCAUGAAACAGUGUUGUGACGGGUGUGCAGCUAUGACAAAAUAAUAUUGUUAGUAACUUCCUUGAGAAAGAUAAUAGGAUUGAGUUACAUUUAAUUUGGCACUGUAUGUGAAGCCUUGUAUGUCCUGUAACAAUAAUAGAUAAAACCGCAUCUAGUUAAAAACAUGGUAACAGAGUUGACCUGGGGACACAACACUAAUGCAAAUGUUUAAUACAUUUUGUCAGUUAAAAUCUACAAAUGCAAAUAGAAAGAAUAAAGACAUAUCUAGCUUUAUAUCAUUUUAUUUAUUUAUUUUAUUUUUUUGUGCAUAAUUGCUACAUUGAGGUAAAACACAUGGUUUUACUUGAUAUAAGUAAAGUUGUUCAUUUUUUGCUGUGAUCGCACUGUGUUAUUGGCAUCAGAUAUUC